AGGGUCCCCUCCUUCAACGCUCCAGCUAUAAAAAGCCCUGAGCACCUCCCAACAUCAUUCUUUCAGCAGCAGCCGAAGAAACAAAAUCCCCUCAAUCACCAUGUACAAGUUUGUCGCUCUCGCCGCCCUCGUGGCCGUCGCCAACGCCGGACUCAUCGGCGCCCCCGUGGCCGCUCCCCUGGCCUACGCCGCCCCCGCUGUGGCUGCCCCUCUGGCUUAUGCCGCCCCCGCCUACGCUCCCGCCUAUGCCCCCGCUGCCUAUGCCGCCCCCGCUGUCGUCAAGUCUCUUGCCCCCGUCGCCACCUCCUACGCUAACACCUACAAGGUCGCCGUGAAGGCCGCCCCCGUCGCCUACGCCGCUGCCCCCGUCGCCUAUGCCGCCCCCGCUGUCCACGCUCCCGUCGUCGCCGCCCCCGCCUACGCUUCCUACGCUGCCCCCGCCUAUGGCGCUACCCUCCUCCACUAAGUCCGAGGACAAACUUGUAAAUUUGCACCACCAUCAGACUGAGUAAAUAUUGUAACUUAUUUGCGACUACAUCUCAGCAAUAAAUGUUUACAUGAUCAUCAAAAAA